AUGCGCGGCGAGGAACCGAACCUCCCCAAACGGGCCGAUGUCGGUUACCGCGCCAUCAACGCCCUGACCGGCCAUGGCGACCCCAUCAUGGUGCCGGCCGACGCCACCGAGAUGUUGCAGUACGAAGGCGAGGUCGUGGUUGUCAUCGGCAAAGAAUGCCGGAACGUUACCGAAGAACAGGCGCUGGAUUAUGUGCUUGGUUAUACCAUCGGCAACGAUGUCAGCGAGCGCACCUGGCAGCGCAACGACCGCACCAUGUGGCGCGCCAAAAACACCGACACCUUCAAGCCGAUGGGACCCUGGAUCGCCACCGACGUGGAUCCUGACCAGAUGCACGUUACCAUCGAGGUUAACAAAAACGUCGUUGGCGAGUAUGACCUGAAGACGGCAAUUUUCGGAGUGCGCCACUACAUCAGCGAGAUGAGCAAGUACCUGACGCUGGUACCGGGGGACAUCCUGUGGAUGGGCACCGAUGGCGCGACCGAGAACAUGAAAGACGGCGACGUGUGCGACAUCACAGUCAGCAGCAUCGGCACGCUGAGCAACCCGGUGGUGUGGAGCAAAGCCUGA